AUGGAUCCGCACGCGGUCCUCGGCGUCGCCAGAGGCGCGUCGGACGAGGAGAUCAAGGCGGCGUACCGCGCCGCGGCGAUGCGAUGGCACCCCGAUCGCAACGCGUCGAUGGACGCCGCCGCCGCGAGCGUCGCGGAGGAGCGGUUCAAGCGCGUCAGCGACGCGUACGAACGGUUGAGC